CGAUACGAUAACUUAUUUAUCUGUACAGUAGUUGUGGAUCAUAACAUACAGUAGUUGGAUAUCAGUGCAAGCAGCUGGGAGAGUCCAAGGAGAAAGCAACAUGGAUUUGAGUACGGAUGAACCCUCAACUACUUCCAUGGCAAACGGAUCAGAAAUCACGUGUGAUAUAAAAACUACACUCGUUCAGUUCUAUUGGAUUGAAUGUAAUAUUGCUCCUUCGAUUAUCCUCCUUCUGUUGGCUACUUUUUGCCGAUGCAAAACAAACAGCUUCAAGUGGAUCCGCCGUCCAAAAUUAAUCUAUCCAGUAAACCUUCUUGAUGGCUACUCGAAUCGGCUCCCCUAUGUCUUCGCUUUCCUGGUCACAAGUAAUGUCAUCAUUGUCCUGCUCCAGCUCAAUGCUGACAACCAGGAAUGGGUUGAAAUCAGUCAGCUUUCAGAAGCCAUGCGAUUCCUUGUCUGGGCCCUCAUCAAGUAUAUGUGCAUCGUCAUCGCAGGACUAGUCUUUUAUCCUCUUCUAGUUUGCAUCACGUAUAGUAACUUCAUGACAGACGUCAUCGGACUCUUGUUUACUUGUAACUGGUUUUCUAUGUAUAUCUAUAUUUACACUCUCUGUCCUUUUGGGUCAAGAGAAGGUAUUCUGAAUGGCUUUCGUUACAUGCCUGCUCUGAUUUCAUGCUUUGGCUUGGCUAGCUAUUUUCUCUGGAGGAUUAUCAGGCGUUUGAAGAGAACAUGCACUAAAUGGAAGAACAAGGACUUCAAUCUUCUUAGCAAUGGCACCAUUGAUGACUGGAACCAAAGCCACUAUUUCGAACGUGUGAAAUACCUACUGCGACCCAAUCAUGAACGACACGGGAACGUGGUAAGUGGAGGGAAAUUCGCGAGACUCAUGCAACGGAUCUAUCCAAGCUUCAAAGGCUUCAGAUAUUCCACUCGAAUCUUGUGUACAGUUGGACUUUCCCUAAUUGUGCUUUAUCAGAUGAGCUUGAUUUACAUCACUCAAACUUUGAAGUUAGUUCAAGAUUUAGUUCUUGAUUUCUUCGCUUCCAUUCCCGAUCUAGGAGAGUUAUUCCAAAUGAUUGAGCUCGCAUUUCAUCUAUCAAGCUAUCCUGCAAUAUGCAUAUCGCUCAUCAACUGUCUUCUUCUCUUACAAAAUUACAGAGAGAAUACUAGAGAUUUGUGGAUGGGCAACCGAUCUCGAUUCCAAACCCGAGCUAGAUCACCACAUUCUAUUAUCGUCUCUUGCUUGAAAUUUUCCAGCUUGAGCGUUGCUUACACAUUCUAUGGUUUUCUGGUGCUUCAAGUGGUUCUGUGGACAAUCAUGUCUUUUGUGGUAAUCAUUAUUGAAACAAAUCAAUUGAUAGAGCUACUCCGUGAUUAUUGGUCACAUGUCUUUGUGAUCCUUCUCAUCGUGGUGAUACAACAACUUCUAGCUCGGUUCGUUCUUCUCAAACGGAACACAAACGGAGCAUUGGUCAUAGAUAAUAGGCACCUCUUUCACAUCGUUGUCCAUUUCUUCUUCUUUCUCAACAUCAUCGUGGGUCUAUUGGGGAGUAUCCUCCGCAUAAUCAAAGUCACCUUCAUUGGCAUUAUCUUGAUCGGUCGAGUCGACUUGUGUUUGGCGCCUCGUGGUUUUGAAUGGGCAGACAAGGGUUUCAAAGCAUAUCGGUCAUUUCUUCAGUUGGAGGUGAGCCUUACACAUCCAGUAGUCGUCACAUUCUGUCAUUUAUUGAACCGAUCACGAAGAAAGGGACGUUCACUAAGUGGAGAGACUGAUGUCGAGAGGGGACACGAUGACGACUCACAUGUCUGUGACGACGUCGCCAUUGAGGAUGUGGUCUCCUCCUUGGGAUCAGCGAGUGCAAUUCUCUCGAGAAGAGUGCGAAAUCGCUGGCUGAAAGCUUACACGUUGAUUCGAAACAAACGACUGGUGUAUGAGAGACUGCACAAGCUGGAGGAAACGAGGGGAGACGGAUCGCAGCAUAGCCUGUAUUUCAUGGCCUCUCACGAAUCUGAAAGGGUGUAGAGUUGAUUGCCAUUAGGCAAGUAGACCUAUACCCUUCCAUAAACCUAUCCUCCAGUUAGCCGCCUAAUAGUAAUGCGGAUAAUUCAAUAAAAAUUGCGUUCACAAACUCCG